AUGAGUCAACCACCACAAGUGCAACAACAACAACAACAGCAGCACUCAAAGCAUCAACAAGGUGCACCAACUACAAUGCACAACAAUGGGAGCAAUCACAAUAGCAACAGUGAGCACAACGUCGGUGCUACGGCUACAUCGUCGGCAGCCGCGACGCCUGUGAAGGACCCCUCCUCAUUGGUCGACUUUAAGAGCUUUCCGAACGCACAUUGGUACUUCACCAGGGACCAAAUACACAAGCACUACGGUGAUGAUGUUAAAUCAGAGAUCACUCAGCGUCAAUCGGCAUGCUCAUUCAUUCAAGACCUUGGCAUCAAGCUAAAGAUUUCGCAGCUUACAAUAGCAACGGCAACGACAUACUUUCAUCGAUUCUUCAUUCGACAUCAUCUGAAAGAUCAUGAUAGAUUCGUCAUUGCCACUACAUGUCUAUUCCUUGCUGGCAAAGUAGAGGAGAAGCCUCGAAAGCUUCUUGAUGUAUCAUAUCUCUCAUGCAAGUGUCGCUUCAAGAACUGGGAGAAGGCUCAAGACUCACCUGAGGUAGUAGAGCUAUCACAAAAGGUCGUAGAGAAGGAACAUUUGUUGUUAACAACGAUCAACUUUGAGUUGACGGUGGACCAUCCGUACAAGUACCUGUUGGAAUACAUAAAGCUGAUCAACGGCAGCAAAAAUCUGUGUCAGAUCGCAUGGAACUUUAUCAAUGACAGUCUGCGAACGAACCUCUGCCUCCGCUAUCCGCCCAUACUGAUAUCGUACGCCGCGGUGUUCCUCGCGUCCAAGUUUCUGAACUACCCUCUCUCGUCCGAGGGCAAGAAGCAGUGGUGGGAGAUACUCAACAUCAAGCUGGAGAUCCUGGAGGACAUUGGCAAUCAGAUACUGGACCUCUACGAGUGUGCCAGUCUGCCCAUCUCUGCUGGCAUGCCUGGAUCGGCAUCAUCCCCUUCCAACGCUCCAUCAGUCAAGCAACUCAAGAGUGAGCUAAACUCACAACAACAUCAUCAUCAUCAACAACAGAAAACAACAACAACAACUACAUCAACAUCAUCGAGUACAGCUGUGCCUGCGACGCAGACAUCAACAUCAACAUCUACAUCAUCUCCUGAUCAACAACAACAUACAUCUUCACAAGAGAGAGUACCAUCUCCACUACCCUCUUCUUCUAAAUCAACGACAUCGACGUCAGCCGUCACAUCUUCAUCUUCUUCAUCAUCAUCUUACAAAGCGCAGCAGCAUCAGCAACUGCAACAGCAUCAACAGCACGAACAGCAACUGCUCAGUCCAUCAUCCAAUCACCAUCAUCACCUAUCGCCACAUCACCAUGUGCCUGGCUCCAGCAGUGCCAGCACCAACCAACAACAACUACUAUCUCCAUUGAAAUCCAACCGUUACUCACCUUACUCCUCCUCCUCCUCCUCAUCUUUAUCGUCCAACUCAAAUAAUAAUGGCGGCAAGGUUGUUGGUCCUGCAGGUCCAACGCAAGGCAAUCAAUCACUUUCACCUUCCAAAUCAGGUAACUAA